UUUUUUUUGUUCAUUAGUGUGGAUAAAUUUUCAAAAUUGAAUAAAGGCAUGUAAAAUUUGCGCACUGUUAAUAGAAGAAAAAUGUUUCUUGUUGAGAAAAUGUCUAUAUAUACGUUCUUUCAUUAGGUCAUUAUAAAUAAAAAACAAUGUCAAAAUCAAAUGAAUCGAAGUUCAAGUAUUCUGGUGAUCGUAACUUUUAUCCAGAACUGCCAUUUAUUCACAACAUUCCUGCCGACAACCAUCCAAGACAUAUUCAGGCUAUAAACUUCGUGCGUCGACGAUGCACUGAGAUCCUAAGCGAUCUACAGAAUCAUCUUGGUAGUACAGAUGCUGUAAAGGUCAUAGCAAUAAAUAGCAGAAUAAUAUAUGAAGUGAAAUGUCCAUUCAAUAGAUGUCAAUAUGUAGGAGGUAAAGUUGACCGUCACAUGAAAGCUGUGCACUCGGUUUCAGACAAGUUGGCUGGACUUUUCAAAUCAAGACAAGUUAGACUGUUUAAUUAUUACACGAAGAUUUAUCGUAUUGGUCAAGUCAAACCUCUUCCUUGUAAAGCUUGUAACAGAUACUUCGACAGAUUUAUGACACACGUCAAAAAACACACAAUAGAAAACAGCGAAAGAGUUUUGUCGAUUUCCCGCCGUUUCGAUAAGGCUUUAAAGAAGAAAUAUGAUAGUUUUUAGGGGUUUUAUUCUUUUUAUGUAACUUGUAAGACCAAUUUAUUUUUUUAAAUAUAUAUUCAGCAAUUGGC